UGCGGUGCCCUCACAUCUUCCUGGCGUCGCAUGCCCCAGCAGGGUUGCAAGUCGGUCGAGGUCCUCCUGCCCUUGAACCCCUGGGACCCUCCCACCUCAUGGCUUCCCAGCCAUCUGUCCCUCAUGCUGUGCUUGGAGCCUCGCUGCCUGCAGCCCCCAGCCUCAUCCUGCUCCUACUCCUCCUGCCCCCCACCCGAGUUGCAGCCAUAGCCCACGGACACCCCAGGAUCAAGGGUGUCUCCUUGAACCGAGACGUGGCCUGUGGCCAUCAUUACAUACAGGGGAAGAUUGUGGGGGGCGUGGAUGUCCCAGAGAGGAAGUGGCCAUGGCAGGUCAGCGUGCACUAUGCAGGCUUCCACGUCUGCGGAGGGUCCAUCAUCGAUGAGUACUGGAUCCUGUCAGCAGCCCACUGCUUCCAGAAAGAGAAGAACACUGAAGCAUUUGAUAUGUACGUGGGCCUUGUGGACCUCAGGGUUGCAGGCAAUCACACCCAGUGGUUCGAGGUGAACAAGGUGAUCAUUCACCCUACGUAUGAAGUGUACCACCCUAUUGGAGGAGACAUUGCCCUGGUGCAGCUGAAAUCUCGCAUUGUGUUUUCUGACUCUGUGCUCCCAGUCUGCGUCGCACCCCCAGAUGUGAACCUUCAGAAUGUCAUUUGCUGGGCUACAGGAUGGGGAGUCAUCUCCCAACAAGGCCACACCUCAGACAAGCUGCAGGAGGCACAGAUGCCCCUGAUCUCACUGCCCCUGUGCCAGCUGCUCUACGGACACCUGUCAUAUAUUAUGAUGGACAUGCUGUGUGCCGGGGACAUCAAGAACAUGAAGACUGUGUGCGAGGGUGACUCUGGUGGCCCACUCGUCUGUGAAUUCAACCACACCUGGUUGCAGGUUGGAGUGGUGAGCUGGGGCCGUGGCUGCACAUACCCUAUGUAUCCUGCAGUUUAUGCGCGGGUCUCCUAUUUCUCAAAGUGGAUCCAUUAUCACAUAGAGCACACACCCCUGCCUCUUCAGCCACUCCCCACCCUCUCCUCCAUGCUAUGCGCCACCCUCAGUGUCCCUGUGACCAUGCUGGCUGUCCUAUUAAUGUUGUGA